CUUCAAAGUUCCAGUGGACAAAAAGAAGAUUAUGCCUGGAAAGCCAACUCCAUCUGAGCCUGAAAAAGUGGAACUUAAGCCUUCCAAAGUUCUAAAACCAGUCAAAAAAGAAGGUGAAGAGCCUCCUGCUGAGAAAACCAACUGAAAAGGUUAAAAAGCUUGAACCUCCAGUGGAGAAAAGGCCUGAAAUUCCUGAAGUCCAGAAGAAAAAGUUACCAGAGGUCACACCAGCUGUGAAAAAAGAGGAAAUAAAGCCUGAACCAGCUAAAGUUGCAGCAGAAGCUAAGCCUUCACCGGUGUCUGUGUCCCCAAAAGAACCAUCACCUGUACAAGCUGUUCCAUCACCAAAAGGAGAUGAAGCUGCAGUUACAGCACCAGUUACAACUCCAGUUGUUGGAAAGAAAACAGAUACUAAAACACCAAAAGAGGAGGCUCCUAAGGGUAAACUUCCACUUAAAGGUGUCAAAAAGACACCUUCACCACUAGAUGCUGACAAGAAGAAACUACGCCCUGGUAGUGGCGGUGACAAACCUCCAGAUGAACCAGCAUUUACUUACCAGCUGAAGGCCGUGCCAUUGAAGUUUGUCAAGGAGUUGAAGGACAUUGUGCUACAAGAAGCAGAGUCUGUUGGCUCUUCAGCAAUUUUCGAGUGCCUUAUUUCACCCUCUACUGCUAUUACUACCUGGAUGAAGGAUGGCAGCAACCUGAGAGAAAGUCCUAAACAUAAGUUCAUUUCUGAUGGCAAAGACAGGAAACUUCAUAUUAUUGAUGUGCAGCUUUCGGACACUGGAGAAUACACCUGUGUAGCAAAACUUGGCAACAAGGAAAAGACGUCUACAGCCAAACUUAUUGUUGAAGAAUUGCCUGUUAAAUUUGUAAAAACUCUGGAAGAGGAGGUCACUGUCGUCAAAACGCAGCCUAUGUAUCUGAGCUGUGAACUUAAUAAAGACAAAGAUGUAGUCUGGACAAAGGAUGGCAAGAAGCUCAGUGAGACUUCACCUGGCAGAUACCAAACAAAUAUUAUUGGAUUAAACCGUACUCUAACUAUCGUGGCUGCAGAUGAUAUGGAUGCUGGAGUAUACACUUGUACCGUAGAAAGUGCUAACAUCAAAUGCUCCUCAAAUGUCAAAGUAGUUGAGGUAAUUCGUGACUGGUUGGUCAAGCCUAUUCGUGACCAACAUGUCAAACCCAAAAACACAGCAACCUUUGUGGCAGAUAUUGUUAAGGACACACCAAACAUCAAAUGGUACAAAGGAGAAGAGGAGAUUCCACUAGAACCAAAUGAUAAAACUGAGCUGAAGAAAGAGGACAAUAAAAUAUAUCUGAUUAUCAAAAAUGCUGGCCCAGAUGAU